UCGAAAACCCCCCCAACUCACCCGAUCACCUUCCUCGCCUGACUCGAAUCCCAUCCCACUCAUCUCAUCUCUAACCUCAGCUGGCGCCGUUCAGGCAGCACCCAUCCUCCUCACUCUGUUCUCAGUCAGCCGGCAGCCGCUACAGUCUCAUUCAGCCUUUUAACUCGCUUAACUCAGCCCUCACUUGCAAGCAGCCAGCUCGCCUCCUCCUCAAGUCUCUCGCUCUCUCUCUCACUCGAAGAUUUCAAGUUUCAACGCGUCUCACAAUUCAGAAAUCAGGCCUCUCAACGUCAACGGACCAAUAUGCUAUGGAGAUGCCACUGGGGCAUCCUCCCUUCAACGCGAAGAACUGUGGUGCUCAAAGCAGUUCGUUUCAUGUCAGUUCACCUUUUUUCAGCUCCAGAGGCAAGUUCAACAGACAAAAAUCAAACUUUUUCUUGGGAGAAAAGGAGACUUAUUAUUACUCCUCAAAUUGUUAACUCUACUCUACUGAACUGCCCUUCUAGUUUAAUUACUUUGAGCUUUUUCAUAUGGUGUGCUAAGCAACCCAAUUAUUUCCAUGAUGCUCAAGCAUUUGAUUGUAUGGUUAACGUUCUCUCUCAGUUAACUAAAAAGUAUGUAACUGUCAGAAGAAUUGUUGGGGAAUUGGAAAAUGUUGGCUGUGUGAUAAAACCACAAACUUUCUUGCUUUUGUUGAGGAUUUAUUGGUGUGGUGGAUUAUAUGAAAUGGUUUUUGAGACCUUUUUUGAAAUGGACGCUUUUGGGUUUACUCCUAAUACAUUUGCACGUAAUGUUAUCAUGGAUGUUUUGUAUAGAAUAGGGCAUGUUGAUGGAGCUAUCAAGGUUUUGAAAGAAACCCAAUUUCCGAAUUUCUUGACUUUUAAUAUUGCUUUGUGUAAUUUAUGCAAGUUGGGUGAUUUGUCUAACAUGAAGAAUGUUAGUAGAAGAAUGCUCCAGCAGGGAUAUUAUCCUAAUGUUAAGACAUUUGAGAUGGUCUUGAAUUGUUUGUGUAAAAUGGGUAGGCUAGCAGAGGCAUAUCAAGUGUUGGGUUUGAUGAUUACUCUCGGAGUUUCUGUAUCAAUAAAUGUUUGGGGUAUAUUGAUUGAUGUUUUUUGUCGGUUUCAUCAACCUGAUUUGGCAUAUGCUUUGUUUAAUAAGAUGCUCAGGACUGGUUGCUCUCCUAAUCUGGUGAUUUACACUAAUUUGAUCAAGGGAUUCUUGGAUUCCAAAAUGGUUAACACUGCUUCAAGCAUUCUAAAUAGAAUGGAAUCUGAUGGAUAUGUUCCUGACUUGGUUCUCUGUAAUGUAUUAAUAGAUUGUUUAUCCAAAGUUGGGAGAUAUGAUGAUGCAUUUGAUAUUUUCCUGAGUUUGCCAGACAGAAAAUUGGUACCUGAUUCUUACACAUUUUGCUCCUUGUUAUCUAACAUAUGUUUGUCCCGGAGGUUUUCACUAUUACCUAAUAUAGCUAGUGGACUUGCAAUAGAAGGGGACCUAAUGGUUUGCAAUUCCCUACUAAACUACUUUUGCAAGGCUGGCUAUCCAUUGCAUGCUGUAGAAUUAUAUGAUUACAUGCUUGAUAGAGGUUUAACACCUGAUAAGUAUAGCUUUGUUGGAUUACUUUGUGGGCUUUGUGGAGCAGGAAAAUUUAAUAAAGCUGUUGGUGUUUAUCAAGGAUUGAUAAUGUCUUACCGUGGUCUUGAUGCUCAUGUCUAUACUGUCAUCAUAGAUAGGCUCAUAAGAGUUGGUAAAUAUCACACAGCCGUCAAAUUGUUUAGGAGGGCACUUGUAGAGAAAUAUCCUCUAGAUGUUGUAUCAUACAAUGUUGUCAUCCAUGGAUAUCUCAAGAGUGGAAGGAUAGGAGAAGCUUCUACUUUGUACAACCAGAUGAAGGAAAUUGGUGUUUUACCUAAUGCGCACACAUAUAAUUUGGUCAUUUCUGGUUUCUGCAUGGAAAGAGAUGUCGAAAUGGUCAAGCAGUUGAUGCAAGAAAUCAGUGGGACAGAAGUUCAGUUGAACCAUCACACUGUGAACAGCGUAGUUAAACUGCUGUUCAAAUCAUAUCCAUAUCCUUCAGCCUUCAAUCAAUUAGUUGAAAUGUGGAAAUCUGGAUUGAUACCUGAUGAUGCAAUGUAUGCACAAUUCUCCAAGGGUCCUGCAUCUGGAAUAAACAUUGCUCAUGAUGAGCGCUUGCGUGUGAGGGAUAAAGUAUGGGCAGAUUCAUCUAGCUUUGAUGACCUUCCUGAUGUGGCUGCUUCUGUUGGCUGAGCUGUUGUCAGCAAAUAAGUCAUCUCAUAUCUCAGUAGAUGGAGCAGCUUCUUGGAUUCUGUGUAGUUGUGCUCUCCAAUGGAAUGUAAUCCCAACUAUGAAGCCAGGGUCUGUCAGAAAAAUGGAGUCUCGAAUAGGUUGAGCAGAAUAUGGUGUGAAUGGUUGGGGAAAGAAGCUCCAAGAAAUGAUGAUAAGGUACAGGUUCCAAAGAACGAAUUUUCUGUUGUUAUUUUUGCUUAUAAUAUUGAUCUAGGCAGAAAGAAAUUGCUCAAUGACGACAUAUUACUUUUAGCUUAUGGUUCUCCCACAGAAUUGGGUAAUGUUGAAUCUGCCAGCAGGAAAAGGAAAGUCAUUUUCUGACCCAGAGGAUAUAAGUGAUUCUUUGUGUAAUCAGUGCAAUUCACCUGGGGAAGACUCUUCAACUUCAAAUGGUGCUUCUUCAAACUAGCAUUAGAUCAAUAAGAUGAUUAGCUUCUGCUCAAAAGAUUUAUAUCAAGUAAGGCUAUAAGGUGAGGGUUAAGACGGCAACAAUGUAUAGCUGCUGAAAGAAUGUGUUAUGUGUGUUAACAAAAGAUGCUUCCUGGGAAAAAUGUAGCAACGGUCUUGAACUUGAAUACUGGAAAACUUGUUUGCGGUAGUAGAAUGGGGAAAUUUGUGGCCAUUCCAUUUAUAUCACGCUUCAUGCCUUAUACAUUGGAUACUUCUGGGAGCUCGAGACAAUUAAAAACCAUUCAAUUAAUCCAAAAAUAAGGAGAAGAGCUAGGAGACAAAUGGAACGAAAUGCAGUGAGAUGUGAAAGGAUUUGAAGAUUAAACUUACAGGGUUGCUAAUUUCUUCCGUACUUUGCCCAGAGUGUCGAGGUACUGAAAUUGAGGUUGAGGGAGAUAAGCUGGAGAAGCUGAUAUCUCUCUGUCUCAGAUGUUUAGAUUCAAGAUUAAAGUGAGCGAUGGUUGUAGAGCAUGAACGAAAAAUCCUGAAAUGUUGGAUAAUUGUUGAACAGGGUUUCAUUUUUCUUCUGAAUCUGGAGAGAUGGUUCAGAUAUCCAGACUUGUGCUCAGUAUUCCCCUUUUUGCAUCAAUGAAAAUUGAAGACCUUAUAUUCACUCAACUUUGGUGUUUGCUGUAAGUAUUGCCUCAAAAAUUGCUCCAUUCACAAGUGUGAAUGAGGCACAAGUUUGGUAGGGGCUGAAUCAUGUGCAAUUGACAUUAGUAAACCGUAAUAAAAUCGCUGCAUCUCAUUCUAUUUUUCA